AUGAAUAAUUCAUAGUGUUCAAGAAAACUAUAGUGAUAUGUUACUUUUAAAGAAUAAUAUAUUUAAACAUUUUAAUAUGUUUAUUUUAAAAAGAGUGUUUAUAUAAAAAAAUAACUUAAAUAUGUCUUAUACUGAACUUGAAAGUGGUUAUCAAGGUCUAAGGGAAUCAAACAGACCGGCACAAUUUUUUGUUGGUGAAGAUGGAAAUUUUGUGUCAAUUGAUAACAGCAAGGCCACUGAAUCUGAUUUAUGCUCAGAUUCAGAUGCAGAAGGUUCCAUGGCAGAAGGCAAGCAAGUUGUUGUUGGAGUAUGUGCCAUGGCAAAGAAAUCACAAUCAAAACCCAUGAAAGAAAUUCUAACACGAUUAGAGGAAUUUGAGUUUCUUAAAAUCAUUGUUUUUCCUGAAGAAGUAAUUUUAAAGACUCCUGUUGAAGACUGGCCAGUUUGUGAUUGUUUAAUAUCAUUUCAUUCCAAUGGAUUUCCUUUAGAUAAAGCUAUUCAAUACGCCACCCUCCGAAAUCCAUAUGUAAUCAAUAAUCUUCAUAUGCAAUAUGAUAUUCAGGAUAGAAAAAAGUAAUAUUCAAUAUUAGAUAGCGAAGGAAUUGAAAUACCACGGUAUGCAGUAUUAGAACCGAGAUUCACCUGAUCCAAACAUCACGAAUUGAUUGAAUCUGAGGAUCAUGUAGAAGUUAAUGGUGUUGUGUUUAAUAAGCCUUUUGUGGAAAAGCCGGUGUCUGCUGAAGAUCAUAAUAUUUAUAUUUAUUACCCAACGUCGGCCGGAGGUGGCAGUCAAAGAUUAUUUAGAAAGAUUGGUAGCAGAAGUAGUGUAUAUUCACCAGAGUCAAGGGUCAGGAAAACGGGAUCCUUUAUUUAUGAAGAUUUCAUGCCCACAGACGGGACAGAUGUCAAAGUUUACACUGUGGGCCCGGACUACGCCCACGCUGAGGCCCGCAAGAGUCCGGCACUCGAUGGGAAAGUGGAGAGGGACAGCGAGGGAAAAGAGAUCAGGUAUCCAGUAAUACUAUCAAAUGUAGAGAAACUGAUUUCAAGGAAGGUCUGUUUAGCAUUUAAACAAACUGUCUGUGGAUUCGAUUUACUAAGGGCAAAUGGAAAAUCGUUUGUAUGUGAUGUGAAUGGUUUUAGUUUUGUUAAAAAUUCGAAUAAAUAUUAUGAUGAUAGUGCCAAAAUUUUGGGCAAUAUGAUUUUGCGAGAGUUAGCACCUACGCUGCAUAUUCCAUGGUCAGUUCCAUUCCAACUAGAUGAUCCUCCAAUUGUACCCACCACUUUUGGGAAAAUGAUGGAACUUAGAUGCGUAGUUGCAGUAAUCAGACACGGUGAUCGAACUCCUAAACAAAAAAUGAAAGUAGAAGUUAGGCAUCCUAAAUUCUUUGAAAUUUUUGAAAAAUAUGAUGGAUAUAAGAAUGGCCAUGUAAAAUUAAAACGCCCAAAACAACUUCAAGAAAUAUUGGAUAUUGCACGAUCUCUUCUAUCAAAAAUUCAAACCAGGGCGGCGGACGUAGAAAUUGAAGAAAAGCAGGGCAAACUGGAACAGCUGAAAAGUGUACUCGAAAUGUACGGUCAUUUUUCUGGCAUAAAUCGUAAAGUUCAAAUGAAAUACCAACCUCGUGGACGUCCCAGAGGAUCAAGUUCAGAUGAUGGUAACAGUUCAUCACACACUAACAGCACGACUGGAGAACCUAAAGAACCAUCUCUGGUUCUAAUAUUGAAAUGGGGCGGCGAAUUAACUCCUGCUGGUAGAAUACAGGCAGAAGAGCUUGGACGGAUGUUCCGGUGCAUGUAUCCAGGAGGGCAGAGCAGGCAACUGAACGGUGAAUCCGGUGGAGCUCAAGGUUUAGGACUAUUACGUUUGCAUUCCACAUUCCGGCAUGAUUUGAAGAUAUACGCUUCUGAUGAAGGACGAGUUCAGAUGACCGCAGCUGCUUUUGCGAAAGGUUUACUAGCCCUGGAAGGCGAACUCACACCAAUAUUAGUUCAGAUGGUGAAGAGUGCAAACACAAAUGGUUUAUUGGAUAAUGAUUGUGAUUCUAGUAAAUACCAGAAUAUUGCGAAAUCUCGACUUCAUGAACUAAUGCAGCAGGAUCGAGAGUUCACAGUCGAAGAUCGAAUGCGCAUCAAUCCAGGAAAUGCCUUGAGUAUUAACCAGGCUUUAGAUUUUGUCAAGAAUCCUGUAAAGUGCUGUGCACAUGUUCAGAAGCUUAUACAGCAACUUAUAGAAAUUGUACAACUUAAGAAAGACGAUAUAAAAACCAAAGAUGCAAAUUUAUAUCACGGUGAAACAUGGGAACUAAUGGGUAGAAGAUGGGGUAAAAUUGAAAAAGACUUUUGCCAGAAAAAUAAAACUUUCGAUAUUUCGAAAAUUCCUGAUAUAUAUGACUGCAUUAAAUAUGAUCUACAACAUAAUCAGCACACUCUGCAGUUUGAACAAGCUGAAGAAUUAUAUACAUAUUCAAAAUAUUUGGCGGACAUCGUUAUACCACAGGAAUAUGGAUUAACGAUGCAAGAAAAGCUUACAAUUGGCCAAGGAAUCUGCACACCCUUACUGAAAAAAAUCCGCGCAGAUUUACAAAGAAAUAUAGAAGAAACAGGCGACGAAACUGUUAAUAGACUAAAUCCCAGAUAUAGUCAUGGUGUCUCUAGUCCUGGUCGUCAUGUUAGAACUAGAUUAUACUUCACAAGUGAGAGUCAUGUUCACUCUUUGUUAACUGUACUAAGACAUGGAGGAUUGCUCGAUGUAUUAUGCGACGAGCAGUGGCGUAGAGCAAUGGAAUAUGUAUCAAUGGUUUCUGAAUUAAACUAUAUGGCGCAAAUCGUCGUGAUGCUUUAUGAAGAUCCUACCAAGGAAUUGUUCUCUGAAGAGAGGUUCCACGUGGAGUUGCAUUUUAGCCCCGGUGUGAAUUGCUGUGUUCAGAAAAAUUUACCACCAGGCCCUGGAUUUAGACCACACAGCAGAAAUGAUUCUGUGACUAGUAGGACAACGAGCGGCGAUGAGGAGGCUCCAUCUAGAAUUGAAGAAGAGGCAGAAGUUGCCAUGGAUGAAGAUAAUUCUAAUACUGGAUCUACAACUACAUCUAAUGCAUCUACAGUUAAGGACGUCAUGAUGGAUGUUGAUUCUACAAGAGCCGAUAUGGCUUUACAUAAGCCAAGAGUACAUACCAUUUCAGAACCGAUUGCUAUUGGGAAUUGUCAUACCGUUAGUGGCCAUGAAGCUUCUGAUCUUGCUAAAUUAUUGAGUGCUGAGCUAUCAAACCAGCAGCAAAAGCAGCCCCAUGGUUCUAAUCGUGCAAUGAGUCCGGAAUGUGCAAUGCGGGCUAAGAGUUACGACCACCACAGGCACGAGGAUAAUCCUUUACCACAAAUUCAAGAAGACGACGUAGCCUUUUCGAGUCCCAUUUAUGACAACAUUCUUGAGUGUAGCAACACCCAGAAAUGUGACGACACAUUCAAAAGCGCUAGUGCUCCUCAAUGUGGUGAUGGCGCUAUGAGCACCAGCGUUUCAGAGUGUGUAAGCAUUUCAAAAAUUAGCAAUACCAUUACGUUUAAUGAUACAGAAGAUAGAGUUCCUUCCAUUAGUCCUUUACGAGCGCAACGUUCCUUAUCGGAUCCACUAGUCACGCCCUCGCAAUAUCCAUUACCCUCAAAUGUCACUACGAUUAUUCCAAUUGUAAAUCAAACUACCAACAACAGCAAUAAAGUCCAUGCCUCCUCCUCCCGCCACCAUCAUUCCUACCAUCAAUCGACAAACAAACAUGCGUCACGUUUACAAACGUUAGACGUUACUGGCGAUGCGGCAACGUCGGUCGCUUCGACGUCCCGUCGGUCGCCAAGACGGUCGCAGCGACACAGUAUUGCGGGACAGAUGAGCUACUUCAAGAUGUUAGGUUUCGGUUUCGGCAAGAAAAUGGCCUCCACUGGUGGAACUGCAGCAGCUGCAGGAGGAUUGUUCAGCACAGCUGUGAUUAGCGGAAGUUCGUCGGCGCCAAAUCUGAGAGAUAUGAUUGCUAGUACGGCUUCGCCAUCUGGUAAGAUAAUAGAUUAA